CCGUGCCUGUAUCACUUGGUGAACUUCGUCAGAAUUCACAGCAUCGUCUUUAUAUUCCACAGUGAUUUAAGACCGGUGCCCGUGUAAGCUGUUGGAAUGAUUGACUCUACCACAGCUUCAAGGAAAGAGAAGAAUGUCAUUCCCAAUCUGCUCCACCAACAAGAGUGAUCCCCCCAUCCCUGCAGAGAUCCAUGAGUCAGCAGGACCCCCCUCCUAUGUCAGUCCUCAGGUACAACCUCUUCAGCUGGGAAUGAUGGAUCCUUUUAACUACAGCGCUGUGGCCGGUCCGUCACAGCCCUCAGACUCCCUGGGGUGUGUUCCUGAGGCCGUUCAGUGGAGCUUGAACACAGAUUUACAAACCUCAGCCUCCAGUGUGUGUUCCCCACCCAGAAUGGAACAGCAGUGUGAGGGAGGGGCGUCUGUGGACCCGCCCCCUCACAACAACAUCACUGUGCCUUCGUGUCAGAAACGUAACCCCAACGCCUUCAGACCAAAGGUCAUCCAGGCGUUGUCCAGAGGGGUCAAAGGUUGGCAUGCUAAAGGAUGCAAGUGUAAACGCUCUCACUGUUUGAAGAACUACUGCGAGUGUUUUGAGGCGGAUAUCUCGUGCACCCCCACCUGUAAAUGCGUCGGCUGUAUGAAUAAGUUUUGA